AUGAGGAAUCCAACAACAGCUUGCCUGCUCGCGGCUAGCUUGCUUUCAACCCUCGCACACGCAGCCUGCGAAUGCGGGUAUGCCACUAACAUCACUGGCACCAUGGAGGUCUUUACCGACCUCAUCGAGACCGACUUUACCAAAGUCAAGAACAUUACAAACAACACGGACUGGGCGCGUCAAGAGUUCAACAAGACAAACACAAACGCCCGUGGGCCUCUGGGAGAAAAGUUCAUGACCGAAAACGUCGCCUCUGUCCACGAGGGGUCGAGCUCGUUCGGGCUCAGCUCGACAAAGGCCGACGCCGGGCUGCAGCUUCUUGUCGAGAGCGCCACGACGAACGGCCUGGUGCCGGGCGCGGAGAUCGACUCGGCGCGACAGGAUGUGCAGUAUGGUUCUUUUAGGGCGAUGAUGAAGAUCCCGGAUGUUGCUGGGACAUGUGCUGCCUUCUUCUGGUACCACAAUGACACCCAAGAGAUCGACAUGGAGUUCCUCACAAGAGAAUUCAACUCAUCAAACAACACCUACCCCGUCAACAUCGUCCUCCAGUCCCGCGCCUCGCUCGAAAAGGGCUACAACGCCGCCGGCACGGGCAACUUUUUCAAAGUCAACCUCGGCUUCGACCCGACCGCGGCCUUCCACGAGUACCGUAUCGACUACCUACCCAACGCCGUCACCUUCUACGCCGACGGGAAAGUCCUGGGCUCUAUGAACGGCAGCGCCGUGCCCACGGAAGGGGGCCACCUGAUCCUCCAGCACUGGAGCAACGGGAAUCCGCUCUGGUCGGGAGGCCCGCCCAAGCAGGACGCCAUCUUGACUGUGGCGUCGGUCAGGGCCUACUUCAAUUCGUCUCUCGACACGCGCAAGGCCGACCACGAAGGCCGGUGCGCGGAUCCGACGGCGCCGGACGCCGUGUGUAUCAUCCCGGACGCGCCCGACUUCUUCUUCACGGAACAGACCAACAUGACGAACAACCAGACUGUUUCUGGAACACCCGGCUCCGGUGGAGAGGGUGGCGGUGGUGUUGCUGCCGCUGCUGGGACGUUGGAGGCGCCGUCGUGGUCUCUGGUCGUUGGCUUGUUUCUUUUAGGGAUAUGGUUCAUCUGA